CAGACCAGUAAACAAGGCACCUCAAAAGCCCAGGCGCAGGCCUCAAUCUACCAAUCAUCCCUAUGAACGACCAGUUCAGCAGGAUGCACCCGAGCCGCGUCGGACAAGACCCCCAGAAGAAGUGGAUACUACAAUUCAACCUGAUGCAUCAAGCCCUGGUCAAUGUAUAGACAAGUCGACAGUCGACAGACAUCUUACCAACCUUUCAGGGGAUGUCAUCUUGAAAUCAUUGAAUGGAUUUACUGGGAAACACCCAGAACUUGCAAUCCUAAACCAUGCAGCUUUUGUCAAAGAAUACCAGUCGUCACCAAUCCCACCCGAAAGCAAGAUUGUACUUGCAGCUAUAUUGGCUUCAUCCAGGUCCCAGUUUUCACUUCUCAAUCUUCCAUGGGUCGAUUCGUUGCUACCCAGAGAGCAUUAUGCCUGUUAUGCACAUGAGAUGCUGUCUGAAUGGUCUUUCAAACCACCGAAACUCCAGGUUGCACAGGCUCUGUUAAUCAUGAGUCUUUACGAAUGGGGAUCUCGAGAAUUUCAUCGAGCGUGGAUCUAUUGCGGAAUUGCAAUCCGGAUCAUGCAAGCUCUGAAUAGUCUCAGAGUCGCACCUUAUCCCCUUGAUCCAACACCCCCAAGUCAGCGGGAUGCCAUCUCAGUUGCGAUUGAGAACAGGACAUUCUGGGCUUGCUUCAUCAUAGACCGAAUGGUUAGUUCCGGAACCUAUAACCCACCUAUGCUACCCAUGUCGGAAAUGGAUAAGCUCAAAAUAAUUCGCCCAUUGAGUGCUGUCGAGUUUGCAUUUGGACCUUCCGACCUCUCCUCUCAACAAACAGGUCUUGACCCCAGUUUUGCGACUGCACGACACGGACAGACUGCACCUUUGGACAUAACGCAAUCGUUUGAGGUUCUCGUCGCUGGGUAUGAUAUAUGGGCUCACGUAAUGACCUUUAUUUUCAAUGAUGGGCGUCGCGCACCGGGCAUGUGUGCACCGCAGAAUUGCCCGUGGGCACUGGAAUCACCAUGGUCUAAAACGAUGCGUCACCUCGAAGAGUGGAGGGCCAGUCAACAUCACAGACUCCACUAUCCGAACAACAGCGUUGUGGCUCAUACCACUUUAGGAUGGGGCGAAUCUUUCACGUAUAUCAAUUUGCUCUAUUACACUUCUACCAUCAUGCUCCAUCGCGAGUAUUUUCCUUUCUUGCCUACUCCAGCAUCUGUUCCUAGAGGCCCAGUCGAUCAGCCGACCCUCGAGGCGGAAGCACCAGAAGGCUGGUGGGAUGAAAGCGCCUCGGUGCUUUUUGGCGCAGCAGCACAAAUCGCCAAACUAUUGCACGAUGCCUCCGACUGUGGAUCAGAAAUGCUUAUCCCAUUUGUUGGGUUCUGUGCUUUUUCUGCGGCAUAUAUGAACCUUUAUGCCUACCUAUUUCCACAAAUGAAUCUUGGCCGCAGUCCAGAUGCAGAAACUCAUCUCAAGUACUGCCUUGCCUAUCUUGAAAACUUCAGACAUGUGUGGAAGCUUGGUGAAAGUUGGAUCGCAACUAUCAAUCAUGCAACCAUUUUGUAUCAACGGGCAGCAUCCGACAAAUCACGAUACCAGGGAAAGACGCGGAAGGAUUUCAACGUUUUGCACCAAUCUUUACAUGAAUUCCGUGUGCCUGAUAGGUCUGACCAGCAUCUCCAGGAGAUUGAGGGUGCGGAAGCACCUUCUGUCCCGUUGAUUCCUGAUCCCGUCCUGGAAUCUAAUAUUGGAUCUGAUAUGCUAGAUCUGGACAUGCCUCUCAACAAUUUACUGAAUGAAGUCAGUACGUAUGCUCAUGAGCAGGGCAUGUGGUCACAUUGGUGGCCUCCAUUGGACGAGGUCAACCUGGCACCUCACGAUAUACAGCCAUAA